AUGUACUCCAAUAGGUUGGAGACCGCGGUUGCUCGCUUUAAGUCAGAAAAAAUUGAAGCGCUCAAUGUUGCCGCAGCAGAUGGCGACAAUCUGAACACAUUCAUGAGAGAAAGCAUGCAAAGGCUAGAGGAAGCGAUAGGGGCUUUAGAGGAGGCCGGUGGUAAGAUCCGAGAACUGUUACAGGAGUAUGCGGAAACCCUCAGUUCACUAGAGAACCCGCCAGAAAAAGGAAACGAAAGACUUCGAGGAAUACACCUCCAAGGCGGAAAAGUCACUGGUCAUGGCCUUUAA